CACGCUUCUUCGAUCAAUUAUGUAAUCUUCUCUUAUUGUUUGACCCAUUACAGCACCUACCGAUUCCUUCACAAUCUUCUCAACAAGUUCCAUUUUUUACUUCUGAAAGUAAAGUCUUUGUUACAUAAUUACCAUCAUGACACAGCUACCAUCUUCAUCAUCAUCUUCUUCUUCUUCCACUUGUGAAGGGAGCCAUGAUGUGUUCCUCAGUUUCAGAGGCGAUGACACUCGAAGUGGCUUCACUGGCAACCUAUACAAGUCUCUUUGUGACAGGGGAAUUCACACCUUCAUGGAUGAUGAGGGGCUUAGAAAAGGGGAAAAGAUUGGACCUGCUCUUUUCAAGGCUAUUGAGCAGUCUAGAAUUGCCAUUGUUGUUUUGUCUGAAAAUUAUGCUGACUCAACUUACUGUCUUGAAGAACUUGUCGUGAUCCUUGACUGCAUAAUGAAAAAGGGUCGACUGGUUUGGCCAGUGUUUUACGGGGUUACUCCAUCUUAUGUGCGGUUUCAGAAGGGUUCUUAUGGGAAAGCAUUGGCCAAGCAUGGAGAAAGAUUCAAGAAUGACCAGGAGAAGCUCCAAAAAUGGAAGCUAGCUCUUCAAGAAGCUGCUGAUUUGUUUGGUUCGCAUUUCAAACUCAAACAAGGGUAUGAGCAUGAACUUAUUCGGACAAUUGUUGAAGAGGUUUCCAAAAAGAUAAAUCGUAGCCCUUUACACGUGGCUAAUUAUCCAAUUGGAUUGGAGUCUAGAGUGCAAGACGUGAAGUCCCUUUUGGAUGUUGGAUCUAAUCGGGGAGUAAGCAUGGUUGGGAUUUAUGGAAUCGGGGGAAUAGGUAAGACUGCAAUUGCAUGUGCAGUGUACAAUGCCAUUGCCGAUCAAUUUGAAGUUCAGUGUUUCCUUGGCGAUAUUAGACAAAAAUCAUUGAAGUAUGAUUUAGUACAACUUCAGGAGACAGUACUUUCUGAAAUGGUUGGGGAGAAAAGUAUUAAGUUGGGGAGUAUUAAUAGGGGAAUGGCAGUUAUGAAAAGCAAGCUUCAAAGAAAGAAAGUUCUUCUGAUUCUUGAUGAUGUUGAUAAAUUGGAGCAAUUAAAGGCACUUGCUGGUGAUCCUUCCUGGUUUGGUGAUGGCAGCAAAAUCAUUGUCACGACAAGGAACAGACAUUUUUUACGUGUACAUGGUUUUGAAAGAACAUACGAAGCAAAAGCAUUAGAUGAUAAAGAGGCUCUUGAGUUGUUUAGUUGGCAUGCUUUUAAAAGCAAUGAAGUUGGUCCAGGUUACUUGGAUAUCUCUAAGCGUGCAGUAUUUUAUUCCAAUGGCCUUCCAUUGGCUUUGGAAAUAAUAGGUUCUAACUUGAAUGGUAUAACAAUGUCUGAAUGGGAAGCAGCAUUAGAUACCAUUGAAAGGAUUCCAGAUGAAGAUAUUCAGGAAAAACUAAAAGUAAGCUAUGAUGGUUUGAAAGGAGAUGAGAAGGAAGUUUUCCUUGACAUGGCUUGUUUCUUUAGAGGCUACCAUUUGAAAGAUGUCAUAAGUUUAUUGCUACAAGGUCGUGGUUUCUCGCCAGAGUAUGCUAUUCGGAUGCUGGUAGAUAAAUCUCUCAUAAAGAUCGAUCAAUAUGGUUUUGUGCUAAUGCAUAACUUGGUAGAGGACAUGGGCAGAGAAAUUGUCAGGCAAGAAUCACCAUCAGAGCCUGGAAAACGGAGUAGAUUAUGGCUUUAUGAGGAUAUUGUUGAUGUUUUAGAAAAUGACAAGGGAACAGAUUCAAUUGAAAUAAUCAUGCUACACUUGCCAAAGAAUAGGGAAGUUCUAUGGAGUGGAAGUGAGCUCAAGAAGAUGACAAACUUGAAAAUGCUUACUAUUGAAAAUGCUGACUUUUCUAGAGGCCCUGAACAUCUCCCAAGUAGUUUGAGAGUACUAAAGUGGCGGGGAUAUCCUACACAGUCUCUGCCACCUGAAUAUGAUCCAAGGAAACUUGUUAUGUUAGACUUGUCUAUGAGUCGCAAUAUAUUGGGCAAACAACUCCACCUCAUGAAGUUCGAGUCUUUGAGUGAAAUGAUUUUAAGAGGUUGCAGAUUCAUAAAACAGGCACCUGACAUGUCUGGAGCCAAAAAUUUAAGAAAGCUGUGUCUUGAUAACUGCAAGAAUUUGGUAGAGGUUCAUAAUUCCAUUGGAGUUCUUGACAAACUAACAUGGUUCACUGCUAUUGGAUGCACCAGUCUAAGGACUCUUCCCCAAAGCUUCAAGUUAACAUCACUUGAAUAUCUGUCUCUCAGAAAAUGCUCAAGCCUCCAGCGUUUGCCAAACAUAUUAGAAGAAAUGAAACAUAUGAAAAAUCUUGACCUUUGUGGAACUGCUAUUGAACAAUUGCCAUAUUCGUUUAGGAAACUCACUGGGCUUAAAUAUUUAGUACUAGACAAGUGCAAGAGGCUUAAUCAGAUCCCAAUAAAUAUUUUGAUGUUACCAAAACUUGAGAGAUUGACAGCUGUAAAAUGUGGACGAUAUGUAAACUUGAUCCUUGGUAAAAGUGAGGGACAAGUAAGAUUGGCUUCAUCUGAGUCUUUGAGAGAUUUUAGAUUAAACUACAAUGAUUUGACACCCACCAGCUUCCCCAAUGUAGAGUUCUUAGACCUAACUGGCUGUGCUUUCAAAGUCCUUCCUGAAUGCAUCAGCCAAUGUCGAUUUCUAAGGAAUCUAGUUUUGGACAACUGCAAGGAGCUUCAAGAAAUCAGAGGGGUUCCUCCGAAGAUAAAAUAUCUGUCGGCAAUAAACUGCACAUUAUUGUCUCAUGAGUCUCAAAACAUGUUGUUGAAUCAGAGAUUACAUGAGGGUGGAGGAACAGAUUUUUCCCUUCCAGGAACAAGGUUACCAGAAUGGUUCGAUCAUUGUACUAGGGGGCCAUCCCUGUCUUUCUGGUUUCGUAACAAAUUUCCUAGGAUGACUCUAGGUGUUGUUGGAGUUUUAGACAAGCAAGGCAGUUUUCCCAUGUCAAGAUUUCACCUGCUCAUCAAUGGCAUUCAAAAGCUGCAUUGCCAUUUCACUGUGCAAUCAAAAUUAAUCACAUAUCAUAUAUUCUUGUCCGAUGUGCUGCUCAAGUCCUACGAUGGUGGAUUGGAAAGUGUGUAUGGGGAGGAUGGGUGGAACCAUGUUGAGGUUUCAUGCGUAGGACCAAGAGUCUUUCCACAUUCAUGCAGAACCAAGAAAGGAAUCAUUAAAUGGAUGGGGGUUCAUGUUCACAAGCAAAAAACAAACAUGCACGAUAUCCGAUUCAUAAAUCCUUGGUCUCCAAAAAGAACACACAGUGAAGUUUCCAAGCCUGAUCUGCAAGAAAGUUUUCAGUCAUUGCCCAAAAGAAUCCGUGUAUCACAUCGCAAGGAAAUUUGUGAGGCACCACAGUCGAAGCAGCAUGAAGCUAACAGUGGUUAUCAUGGUGUAUCACAGAGGCUAUGGUUGGCAAUUUGUAGCAUUGCGGCUCCUCUAAAUGUUAAAGUACUGAUGUGGAAUAUUUGCCAAGAUAAUUUGCCAACUUUUGAAUAUCUUUUCAGGAGAAAGCUUGUACUGAGUCCACUCUGCCCCAUCUGUGGAAAGGAGCCUGAAACUGUUGAACAUGUGUUCCUGUUUUGUCCAUGGACACGACCCCUUUGGUUUGGAAGUGAUUUCCAGUGGUGCGUUGAUGCUAAAGAAGUUCAAAGCUUUCAACUUUGGCUCUGGCACAAACUGAUGGAGAUUCAAAGGGUAUAUCCAGAAAAUGCCAACCAAAUAUCUGCUCAAGUAGGAAGCAUUUGUUGGUCUAUCUGGAAAGGAAGGAAUGAAUUUGUUCUUGAAGGCAAACCUGUCAAUCCUUUGAUUUUAAGGUAGGGCCUCUGUGUAAAUGAUGAGAAUAAUUUUCACAUUUUAAAGGAGAUCUGCAUGUAUUAUGUAUCUCUACCAUCCUGUGUAAAUGAUGAGAAUAAUUUUCACACAUGCCACGAAAAAUCAUGAUCAUAACAAGGGACUGCCCUGUUUCCAUUAA